CUCUUCUCGGCGACUGGAGUUGGAGGCGAGAGUGCUUCCUCCGGAGAUCUGAGGGUUUCCUUUUUCACAGUUGAAUUUCUUCCAAAAGUUUGUGCGGGAAAAGUAGAUCCAUCAAGGAAAUGGUUAUGCUGGCCGUGAAUUGAAGGCGGCGCCCAUCUUUCCCCUCUCUCAACUUGUAUACAGAUAAUGGAGGAAAAUUUGGUGCACAACGAGAGUGUGGAGGAGGAAGAAGAAGAGUAUGUAUUGCUGAAUCUGGAUGAGGUUAGAGGCCAAGUUGAUAUCCCACCAAAUGCUCCAUAUGUUCUAUCCGGUCUAGACACGCCGAACCCUAUAUUGGUUAUAGGCGACAGCUUGAAGGUGAUCGGAGAAUAUGAAGAAACAAUUGGUACAUGCUUGGUUUUCUCAGAAGGCCAGGCCACCCCUGUGGUUCAUGAAGAGACGGGACCAUCUGAAGCAAAUCUUUUUUCAGGCACAUUCAUAAUAGAUCCUAAUCAAGCUCCAGCCAAGGAAGUUAAACCGAUUGCUAGCCUCCAGAAGAUUUUGAGGUUUAGACUAUUACACGAAGGUGAUGUUCAAGAUGCAACUUCUGAACCUGUUGAUAUUUGAACACUGUCUCAAUACCCAUUACUUGUUAUCAGUUAUCUAAAGUCAAUCUUGAGUUUAUGUGAAAAGAAUGCCAUUGUUGUCCCCAACAAACUGUACUUACAAUAAUAGAUUUAGGGUCUGUAAUAUCA